ACUCAGACCAUUCUAGAUUUAGCAGCUGGUGAAACUCAGCCACCCACUGAGCUAAGCUCAAAGCAGCUGCCCCUGAAUGUGGUCACUGGCCAUGGCGAAUUGCCAAAUCCACUUCUAACAAAGGCAAGUGUGCCUUCUUUCUCAUCGAUCACAGAUAUUGCCGCAUCACAAACGGAUCAAGUCAAACAAGAUACAAACUUAUAUUCUCCAUCACAUCCAACUAGCAGUCCAGUCACAAGUAGGUUCAGCAAACUGGUUCACUCAGAUAGCAGCUGUGGAGAUGAGAUUGCCCACUCUAACAGUGGUCAUGCUAACAGGACACCAUUGCUGCCUGUUGCUGGUGACCAUCAGGUUCUUCCCACAGUUGAACAACCUUUUGGAGAUAUAGAUUAUAGGGCAAGGCCUCCUGUGAUUAACACAUGUCCUUCUAGUUCCAACCAAGUGCAACCCAUCAUGGGCCCCGUUCACUCUGUGGCCUCAAACUCAACCGGUAUUUAUCAACCCCAUCAGGGAUAUGACCCUAAAGGAGC